UUCGGGCGCAGCGCGCGGGCUGCCGGAGCGCGAAUGCCCCCCGGAGCCGCGGGCAGGCAGGUCUUGGGUGCUGAGGCUGCCCGCAGACUAUGGGUACAACGGCCAGCACAGCCCAGCAGACGGUCUCGGCGGGCACUCCCUUCGAGGGCCUGCAGGGUGGGGACGCGAUGGAUGGGCGGCACUCGCUGAGCGUCCACUCCUUCCAGAACACGAGCUUGCCCAACAGCAAGGCCAAGUCCAUCAUCCCCAACAAGGUGGCGCCUGUUGUGAUCACGUACAACUGCAAGGAGGAGUUCCAGGUCCACGAGGAGCCCCUGAAGGCCCAUUACACGCUGGGCCGGCUCUCAGACGCCACCCCGGAGCACUACCUGGUGCAGGGCCGAUACUUCCUGGUGCAGGACGUUGCUGAGAAGAUGGACGUGCUGGGCACGGUGGGCAGCUGUGGGGCUCCCAACUUCCGGCAAGUUCGGUGUGGGCUUCCUGUGUUUGGCAUGGGACAGCCCAGCCUCUUGGGCUUCCAGCGGGUUCUCCAGACACUGCGGAAGGACGGGCACAGGGAGUGCCUCAUCCUCUGUGUGCGGGAGGAGCCCGUGCUGUUUCUGCGCACCAGCGAGGACUUCAUGCCCUACACGCCGAGGGACAAACGGGACCUGCAGGCGAACCUGCAGGCCCUCGGGCCCGGGCUCCGGGCAGAGAACAUGGAGCUGGCCAUCCGGAAAGAGAUCCACGAUUUUGCCCAGCUGAGUGGAAACACAUACCACGUGUACCAUAACACGGCCGACCUGCGGGGGGAGCCCCACGCGCUGGCCAUCCGAGGCGAGGACGAUGUGCACGUGACCGAGGAGGUGUACAAAAGGCCGAUCUUCCUGCAGCCCACCUACAGAGGCGUGUGUGUCAGACCAGUAAAUGGGAAGGACACAGGCAUGCAUGUGCACCGCGUGUCUGUGGGGAGGGUACCGACACAUCUCCAUGUGUGUGCGCAUCAGUGUGUCUGUAUCUCAACUCAGCUCACUGCCAGCAAGUCCCUUCUGACUCAGGGUGACCCUGGGGGGCAAAGGGGGACGCUCCUGUUGGUUUCAGACACCAAAUUUUUCCGGGACCAGAAAGCCUCCCCUGUCUCCAUAGAGCACCUGGAGACCCCCAGCCUGUUGCUGCUCCCUGGUGCCCCUGGGCCUCCCCCCGCCCUCCUGUUCAGCUGCCAGACAGGCGUGGGCCGGACAAACCUGGGCAUGGCCCUGGGCACUCUGGUCCUGUUUCACCGCAGUGGGUCUGCCCUGCAACUAGAGGCUGUGCCUGCGCAGACCAAGUGCCUGCCCCUGGAGCAGUUCCAGCUAAUCCAGAGCUUCCUGUGCACAGUGCCCCAGGGAAGGAGGGUGGUGGAGGAGGUGGACAGAGCCCUCACCACCUGUGCUGACCUGCAUGACCUGAAAGAAGUAGUCUUGGGGAACCGGAAGAAGCUCGAAGAUGCCCAGCUGGAGAGCCCAGCUCAGGGAAGCUGUGGCCAGCAGAGUCUCCAGCAGAGGACACUGCGGAGCCUAGAGCGAUAUUUCUACCUGAUCCUCUUUAACUACUAUCUCCAUGAGCAGUACCCGCUGGCCUUUGCCCUCAGUUUCAGCCGCUGGCUGUGUGCCCACCCGGAGCUGUACCGCCUGCCCCUGACUCUGAGCCCAGUGGGACCACUGGCCUCUGGGGAACUACUGGCCAAGGGCUCCCUGAGAGUGGACGACCUUGUCUCCCCGGACGCACUCAGCACCGUCCGAGAGAUGGAUGUGGCCAACUUCCGACGCGUGCCCCGCAUGCCCAUCUAUGGCACAGCCCAGCCCAGCGCCAAGGCCCUGGGAAGCAUCCUGGCCUACCUGACAGAUGCCAAGAGGAAGCUGCAGCGGGUCGUGUGGGUCAACCUGAGGGAGGAGGCUGUGCUGGAGUGUGACGGGCAGACACACAGGCUGCACUGGCCUGGGCCACCCACAGCUCCUGACCAGCUGGAGAACUUGGAGACCCAGUUGAAGGCCCACCUGAGCCUGCCUCCCCAGGGCGCAGUGGGCACAUGGACCCCCCGCUUCCAGGUGUGCCUCACCAUGCAGGAGGCUUUCGGCCAGCACCGCACGGCCUGCCCUGGCCUCGUCUACCACCGCGCCCCCAUCCCGGACUUCUGUGCCCCCCGAGAGGAGGACUUUGACCGGCUGCUCCAGGUGCUUCGGGCUGCCCUCGCCGAGGACCCGGGCUCCGGCUUCGUGUUCAGCUGCCUCAGCGGCCAGGGCCGGACCACGACUGCCAUGGUGCUGGCCGUGCUGGCCUUCUGGCACACCCGGGGCUUUCCCGAGAUGGGUGAGGAGGAGCUCGUGAGUGUGCCGGACGCCAAGUUCACCAAGGGCGAGUUUGAGGUGGUUUUGAAGGUGGUGCAGCUGCUGCCAGAUGGGCACUGUGUGAAGAAGGAGGUGGACGUGGCACUGGACACGGUCAGUGAGACCAUGACACCCAUGCACUACCACCUUCGGGAGAUCAUCAUCUGCACCUACCGCCAGGGAAAGGCAGCCAAAGGGGAGCAGGAGGCUCGGAGGCUGCAUCUGAGGAGCCUGCAGUACCUGGAACGCUACAUCUACCUGAUUCUCUUCAACGCCUACCUCCACCUGGAGAAGGCUGCCUCCUGGCAGAGGCCCUUCAGCACCUGGAUGCGGGAGGUGGCGUCCAAGGCUGGCGUGUAUGAGAUCCUUAACCAGCUGGGCUUCCCUGAGCUGGAGGACACUGCGGGCCAGCCCUUAUCGAGGCUACGUUACCGGUGGCAGGAAUGGAGCCGAGGGCCCGAGCCCCACUCCGCAGACUCCCUGUAGGAGGCGCCUCCCCGCCCCUCACAAGCCCCCACACGCGCUUGCCAAGAGCCUGGGGGCUUCUUCUCCCAGGAGUGAGCCCAAGGGGGCCGGGACUUGAGGACGAGACUUCCCAGCUUCCCGGAGAGAAAGCGGGGAAGGGUUGGGACCCCUUUUUUGAAAGAGCUUUUAGUAGGGGCUUUUGCUCCCACACAGUCAUUCCAGGAGGGACGCAUGGGUGGUCCUCCAGGCAGGCCAGGUCCAUACACCCCACAGAUGGCUGGGCACCAGGCCUCCCGGGGGCUCACUGCAUGUGUGGCCCAGUAGAGUUACCCUACACUUCCGUUCAAUCCUGUUCCCCUCACCCCCAGACUGGGUGCCGAUCUGUCAAAGGCUCCUUUCUCUCUCCUGCCUCCCCCUCUCCCCUCUGCAUCCCGCUGGGUUACUGGAAAGGCGGCUUCACUCAGUUCUUGCUUAGUUUGCGACCUGGAGACUUCUGGAUGGACAGUUGUGUGGCCUAAUGGGGCUGGCCUUUAAGGCCUUUGCGUCUUCUCCUUCCUCCCCACCUCCCUUUCCCUGCCGGGAUGGGCAGGACCAGAGAGGUUCCCUGGGGGAGCUGGAAACAUGGGGCAGGAAAGGAUGUCCAGAGGCAGAUGGGGGUGCUCUGGUAAAGACACCUGCCCAGUUUGCCUGGGCGUCUGUGUAGCAGGUGCUGCAAAGCCAGAGUCUCCGACUGCAGGGUUGCCUGCCCCUCCGCCCUGUCCCUACAGGCCAGACUGGUGUCAGGCCACAUCCACCGCAGCCCCAAAGAUUGCCGAGGUGUUGACGGGUGGCUUUGAGUGGAAGAUGGAGGGUGAGGGUGGGCGCGGGAUGGCAGGAGGGAGAACCACUGAGCUGCCUCCAGGGGGAGCGGCCACAGGGCCAGGCUGUGGUGCUGUGCUCACCAAGCAGUGAGCAACUGCGGCCACCCCCAUGAAGCUUGGCAAGGGUUGGUGCCAGCUGAAAUACAAGAGUUGAGUGGCAGGCUGCCUAUGUCGCCUGGCCCACAGAGCCAACGGGGCAUGUGUCUGCAGAGAAACGGAGGUGUUUGAGAGGGCAGAAGUUGUUCACAUCAACCAAUGCUUGGGCAAUAUCUGACCAAUCUUGGCCAAAUCUGUUUUGUAAAACUACUGUGUAUGCAUGACCUUUUUCAGACUCGCCGUGGCCAGGUUUGGGUGUGUUAAACAGGUGUGGGUCUCAGAGACAUGGUCUCCAGGAGGACCUGGGGAGUCGGUGUGAGUGGACAGGUUCUUAAGUUUUCUCGCCAUUAGUCUCAGCUUUCCAGUGUGCUGGGCCCCAUGGCAGGUCACUGCCCCUCUCUGCUUCAGUUUCCCAUCUGCGAAAUGGAUGGCUAGUACUUGUCUACCUCACAGGGAUGUUGUGAGGAUGCCUUUGUGUCUGUGUUGUUUUUGUACAAAGCUUUUGAACAUAAAAAAUGGCUCAAUGUG